AUGCAAGGGUCUGAUUCUUUUGACUUUGACGAAAUUAAGGUUUACUGUGUUUUCAAUCCGAUAACUGGAGCGCACCAAUUGAUACCAUACCCAGAGCCUACAACUUUUAUGAUAUUUGGUAAUCCAGGCCUAGCUGUUGAUUACUCGAGUUCAGAUCAAUAUAAAUUGGUAACCAUCAGUAAGCUGGCUGAAAAUCCUAAGCAACUUUACAAAUUUAACUUACUUUUAUCGGAGCAAUCUGGCUUGUGGCGUGAAUUCCAACUGAGAAGCAAUACUUUCAGUGAUUUGGCCGUCGGUAGUCCACCUGUUUACUGUCAUGGCUCUCUGCAUUGGCUCAGGAGUGACGGAGUGGCGCAAGGUUUACUUACCCUUGUUUGCAUAUUCGAGAAGUCUGUUGCCAUUUCUACUUAUGAUUGUGCAAACAGCAAUUGGAGGGUUCCCCGCACUUUUGACGACGUGGUUUCUGCUCCGGACGGAAUUAUUAAUGGUUUUCCAAUCUUGAUCGACAGCAAACGGGUGUUUUUCGUGGUGAAAUAUCCCCUGGCAAUGUAUGAUCUAUACGAAUAUGAUAGUGAGAUCAGUAGGUAUAGGAAAGCGGCGGUUUUGGACAUAGUUAAUUAUCCCCUGCAUACAACCAACAUUAGCCAGUCUUCAUGA